AUGGAAGCCAACGACUCCGAGCAACUGAGAGCAUUCUGGGAAGUGGAGCACCUGGGACUGGCCCAUGAAGAGAUACAUCCGAAAGAUGACGAAUACGUUCUGAAGAACUUCGUGGAAUCAACUGUUAAAACCAAUGUACGCUACGAGGUUGAACUUCCUUGGCGCAACAAUUAUUCCGAGCUUAAAGACAACCAAGAUGUCGCUUUGAAGAGGUUUGAAUCUCUACAGGGAAAGCUACGUCGGGAGCCAGAGAUUCAUAAGGAAUAUGACACUACGAUAAAGAGCUACUACAACAAUGGCUUCGCUGAGAAGGUUCCAACGAACAGUAUGAGUGGGCAUGUCACUUACUACAUGCCACACAGAGUGGUAGUAAGACGUGACAGAAUUACAACAAAGGUACGGGUGGUAUUUUACGCCUCGUUUCACACUACAUGCUCUUCUUCCCUCAACGACGUCUUGUGUACUGGGCCGAAUUUGAACCCCAACAUUCUUGACCGGCUGCUGAAGUUUCGCAACUCCAAGAUUGGAAUUUCCGCCGACAUCGAAAAAGCAUUUCUUCAAGUGUCACUGGCCGAACAAGACCAAGCACGUUCUCUACUAUGGCUCCACUUCCUGGUUUUCAACAAUGGGCGCGCCCCAUGA